CAGGAGUCCUGAGGGCAGAUCACCUCCAUGUACUUCAACACACACAAAAAAUACAAGUGGCUGCAUUUCGGUGAGGACUGUCUGUACCUGAAUGUGUACGCGCCAGUAGGAGCGCUCGGGGACCCUCUGCUGCCUGCGAUGGUCUGGUUCCCAGGACACGCCUUCCUCGUGGGCUCCUCUUCCACGUAUGAUGGCUCCAAAUUGGCGGCCCGGGAUAAAGUGGUGCUAGCUCUGCACCACAGCCUCGGUGUCCUGGGCUUCCUUAGCACAGGCGAUAGCCAGGCCCGCGGGAAUUGGGCGCUACUGGACCAGGUUGCAGCUCUGCGCUGGGUGCCGAAGAACAUCGCAGCCUUCGGCGGAGACCCAAGCUGGGUGACCUUGUUUGGCCAGUCAUCAGGGGCCAUGUACAUCUCGGGACUGAUGACAUCACCCCUAGCCUGGGGUCUCUUCCAUCAGGCCGUUUCCCAGAGCGGCACCACAGCGCUCAGAGUCUUCAUCACUCCAUCACCUGGCUGAGGCCUAGCUGGGCUUGAUUCACCCCAGUGCCUGCAGGGGACCUUCUGCCCUGAGGAUCCAGGCUGGUCCAGACCUGCUUCUGAGGGUCCCUCAGUUCUCCCCUCCUCAGGCUUUCUCACAUUGGUCUGGGGAAGGGAGCUUCUCCAAACAGCCACCCAGAAGCUAUUCUUCCCCACAUUAGAGCGAGAGCAGCUGAGCGGAAGCCAGGGCUCAGUCAGGCUGCAGCAGCUGCGAGGAUCAUAAAGGACUUUGGGGAACGCUAGGACCUUCUCUAGAAAUUCAAGCAAGAACUCCGGUAGGCAGCCUGGAUGGUGAGCUGGGCCCCUGCCUGCCAUAUAGUCCCUGCCUCAUACCCUCCCCAUCUGCCCCGGAGGGUACCUCUCUUCCCGUCUGCUCCUCGCGAAUGGCACUCCUGGAUGAGGGGGUUGGAGAGGGCUACCCACUGCCCUGUCUUCACCCUGUCUUCAUGCCUUCGCUGGGAUCCCCCGAUGGCCACCCAGAGUCCUUCCUAAAUCCCCUGCCAGACCCUACCCCGCAGGGAGCGGUUCUCAGAACUGAUUAGAUCUUGGUGAAGACCCCAGGACACUUCUGUGGCUUUUCUCCAAGUUUACCUCGGCUCGCCCGGGCCACUAUGAGCACGGAGGCGCACCGCUGCAAAGCUGGCCUAGGAACCGGGCGCGCACACGCGUCUCCUGCGGGCCCCCGCGGCUCAGCUCGCCCCUUCCUCUCCUCCAACACCCCGAGAUCCCCACCCACUGAAGCAGCAAUUACCGGCCGUGGCGGCUGGGGAAGGGCCAAUUAGUGCGGGAGACGCAGCCCCUCGGCUGUGCCCGCGCUGACCGCAGCCCCGCAGCGCCGCCGCCGCCGCCGCCGCCGCCUUCCCUGCCCGGCAGACAGCGCCAGCCGCCUGGGAGCCCCGGGGGACGCGCCGUCCGGCCUCCCGCCAACUGCAGUGAUGGAUCCAGGCGCCUGGCGUGGGGCCAGAGCCCAGGCGGACGCGAGGGCGCCGGGAGCUGCAACUCGCCACCGCUGGCUGGUGGGGGAAGGCUAAAAGAAGAACCAGGCCCAGAGCUGGAGGACCAGUCCUGUAAGCCUGGGAGAGAGCACGGCCUCUACCCUGAGGUACUGGGGAGCCAUGGGAAGGACAUGUCCUGAUCAGGCUUAUCUUCCAGAAGGAGGUUACAGAGUACAGAGCAACUGGAGGAGGAGAUGGUAGAAGUGCGGAGGCCGGGGGAGGGUGGUGCAGAACUGGACAGGGAGUUCUGGACAUGGAACAGAGCAAACAAUUUCAUAAAGCGGAUGGGCGAGGUCAACUCGGAACAUCCCCUCUCCCCCAUCCACAGGUGGGCCCCUGGCUCAGAGCUCUCCCACCCAGCCCAGCCUGGGAACUCAUGUGAACCCUCCCCAGGACCUGGGGUAUCUCUGCCCCAACCAGGUGGGACCAGGUAAAGCCCCAAGAGGGAGUCCAGUCCAAGGUGAGGGCACAGGCAGGGCCAGGUGUUGCUGAGGAAGCUCCCCGCUCCACGCACCCCCCUCCCCCGCAUAAGCUAAUCAAGAUAGUACUGUAGCCUCCUGCCACUGACCCUCUAUCAUUGCAACGAUAGCUCUAUGGCCACGGGGGGUUGAGUUUGGGCCUAUUUGUCUGUGGGGCAAAUCAGAAGGGGAGGAAGGUCCAUGUGAGCCCUGAAAGAACUCAGAGGCUGAGAGCAGGUGGCCUCACGGAGCAGAGGUCAACAUAUCUCUUUCAGGCAGAGUCUGGGAGCUGUGUGUUCCUGUCUGGGCUUGUUCCUCUGUGUGUGUCCUCAAGCAAGCUACUUUGCCUAUCUAGGCCUGGUUUCUACUCUUCAGUGCCCUGGGAGCAAUCUCUGGGGUAGGACACUGCUCCAGCCCCGGGCCCUUCCAGUUAUGGUCCAGGACUCCUGUCUACCCCCAGCCUGUUCAGCCGUAGGUGCUAUGGAGGAGCAUGCCUGUGGCUUCACCAAGGAGUCACUGGGUGAUCAUUACGUAUCUUCCACUGUGAAGGAGCAAGGACCCUUUUGAAGGGGAGCCUGAAGGUGGAAGAAAAGCCUUUCAGGAAAUUAGCACUAGUGGCGGGAAACUUCAUCAAAAGCUGACAGAGGCUCCUGGUGCUGAUUCAUGUCUCUUGCCUAAGGAGCAGCUCUUCUGGCCUGAGGGAAGGUCUGGUAGCUUCCAGGGCCUUCCAAAGACCCCAGACCCAAGACUCCAAAACGCUGGCCCUGUUGCUGGGGCUCUCAUCAUCUGGUGGGGACACCACCGUGAGUUUUUUGCUCCUGAAUCAUGGGAUUCUACAGUGCUAGGAAAGGCUGCUGAUGGACAGGGCACUUGGGUUUGAAUACAACUGUUCCUUCUGCUGUGUGAUCUCAGACACUCGGUGGGCCUCUCUGAUCCUCUCUGCCUGGAGGAAUUCUGACCUUGCCUGCCUUCUAGGUGACCAAUACAUCUAUAAUACUCAGCAUAUCUGGGAAAAGAAUAAUUUUUCGAAGAGGGAGGAUGGAACCAUAUCCAAACAACUCUUGGUAGUGGGACCAAGGCAGCAGGGAAACAGUCUGGAUGUGGACCUCAUUAUUCUGGUGGCACAGACCUCCCCCCCACUUCCAGGUAUUAUGGAAGCCAGAAGAGCUGUUGCAAAGACACACCUCCAGGGAGCACCAUAUACCUGGUUUACAGUGUGAAUGAGCCCCAGGAUGUUACCUGAGCUGCAUGCCCUACCUCCUCUGAACUUGCCACCUACACACACGAGUACACCACCCAUGCCUCAGAGAAGGCUCUGAUGGGAUCUCUUGGUUACCACCUAACCCAAAGCAUCCACACUGGACAGUCUUUGCAACUCCGUCCUCCCCUCCAGCCUGUCCAUGUUUACCUUCAGCUCCCAGAACUGGUCCGGCCACCAGGCCAGCCAGAUCAUGUGAAGCAGAAUCCUUUGAAGGGGCUAUGGAUGUAGCAGACCCCAGAGCCACAGGGAAUCCCUUCCAGGGCCACUCUGACCCUGGCACUGCCACUGUCUCUGGCUCAGCUACAAAAGGAGGCACACCACAGGCAGCUAUCCUCUGCUGUAGGAGAUCAUUAACUCCCCAGCCUUGUUAAGCCAGCUUCCUUUCUCAGGCCCUUCUUAGCUCAUUUUAUGUUUUUUGUUUUUGAGGGGGUUUCUUUCGGCCGCACUGUGAGGCAUGUGGGAUCUUAGCUCCCUGACUGGGGAUCGAACCGACGCCCCCUGCAGUGGAAGCAUGGAGUCUUAACCACUGGAUGGCCAAGGAAGCCACCUCAUUUUAUGGUCUUGGUUUAUUCUUGGUUGGCAUUUCCUGUGUCUGAGAUAGUGAGAAGAGAAAUGGAGGGAGGAGGGAACAGAUUUUUAAGACUCAAGAAGAGAGAAGAGGCAGUGCCAAAGAAGAAUUUGGCUACAGAUUAAUCAAGAUGAAGAAGAGGAGGAAGAUGAGGAUUAAAAUUCAACUAUCUGGAAUAUUUUGUAUGAGUUCUUGAAUAAAACUUGGGAACAACAACAACAACAACAAGAAGUUCAUGUCUGUCUGAGCAUCUAGGCCACCCUAGUGAGAUUUCAACUUUUAUUUAUUCCACAUUUCCCAGGGCAGAAACGAUUAUUGCUAGAAUCCAAACACCAAGGUCAGCUGCACGUCCGUGAGCCCUACCUGGACCCACUGUGGAGUAAGAGUGCUUCCCUAUGAAUCAUCUUUUGGAGACGAAAUGAAAGGUUUUACACAAAUGUCUACCUGAACAGAAUGUGGUGGUGUUGCAUGGUAGAACAUGGGAUAUCCUUUUUUCUUGCUAUAGAAGUAAACAGCAGAAACUCUGUUCCCCAGACCACAGUCCAUAUUGACUGAGAGCAAACUCAUCAUCUUCCUCUCAUUUAAACAAUGGCUGUGUUGUCCUAGUGCCCAAAGGUCUUCUUAGUUGAACUGGAAAGACUUAAGGGAGAAGCAGCAGAUGGAUGAAAACUUCUAUUCCUUGUGAGUGACUUAGUUCUGCCUUGGUAACUUGGGGUAGAGGCUGCCUCACUUACCUCCCAACAUAAAGUGCAGAUGUUUUAAGGCUGGUUGUAUCCACACUUUGUGCUGAUGUGAAGUUUCCCCCUUCAGUUCCACCAGAAUCUUUAGGCAGUAAAACUAAAAUGGCACCUUUUGCCAGAUGUAGCUGAUACAAACUGUUCAGUGGGCCCACCAUGUACUACUCUGACUCCCUCCUUUUGGGAAAACUGCUCUUCCCUUCUCUCAAGCAUCAGCUUCUCUCUGAAGCUGCCAAUCUCAGUCCCCCAAUCCGCGAUGGGAGAGCAUGUGGCAUAAGUUGGCCAGUGUCAUCACGUCUGCCUGGAAAUGGUGAUUUUGGCAGAGGGGAGAGUAUGUGACCCAGACUGGGCCAAUCUGGUUUGGAGAUGGAGAAGUGGCUGCUCCCAUCCUUUCUCAGGAAAUGAAUGCCAUCGAAGAGAGGCUGAGAGAAUUAGCAGUGAGAAGCAAUGGAGAAACGAAGAGUCCCUCU